CCCUUGGUUGACUUGGUGGCAGUGGUGCCGGUGUCCCCUGUGGAGCCGGCAGCUGGAGUCUGUGCUGAGCAAGAACUGCGGUAGCACGUGCCCUGUGGCUGAUGGAGGUUGCUGCUGUGGAGCAGAGGAUGAGGCACCCUUUGCCCAGAGCACUUCUGUAGGUGUGUCACAGACCAGGACGCCCAAGGCAGCUCAGUCUUCCCGGAAGACCCACCCCUGUGAGAUGUGUGGUCCAGUCUUGAGAGACAUUUUCCACUUGGCUGCUCACCAGGGAAAAGAAAACAGCCAGAAACUGUUGAGGUGUGGGGCCUGUGGGAAACGAUUUUAUUUCAGUGUAAAGUUUCAGCAGGAGCAGCACGUGGGAGCAGAACCCUUCAGAAGCCGUGUGGACAGGGCCUCUGUUGUGAAGAGCUGGGGAUUCCAUGGUUCAGGAAAGCCCUUUACCUGUGGAGAAGUUCAGAAGGACUUCCUGUCUGGCUCGGGGCAUCUGCAGCAAGAGGCCACUGAUACUGGGGAGAAGCCACACACUAUCACCCAGUGCAGGGCAACUUUACAAAGCAGAAAAAGUCAUGAUACUUGUGGAGAAUGCAAGAACGCCUUUGGUCCCACACAUUCGUACGUUCAGGACCAGGAUGUCCACCUUGGAAGACAGUCCUUUGUGUGCAAUAAAUGUGGGAAAACAUUCAGGUAUAAAUCUUUAUUUGCCAUACACCAGACGUUCCAUACUGGAAAAAGAGGUUAUAAGUUUAGCAAAUACAGAAAAUUCCUUAGGCAUUGGUCAGCCUGCAGUCAACAUGAAAAGACUCAUACUCUGUUAAAGCAGUACAUGUGCAACAAAUGUGGGAAAUCCUUAAGCCAGAAAUCUGGCCUUAUUCAUCCCCAGAGAUGGCACAAUGGAGAAAAGAGUUAUGUUUGCAGUGGAUGUGCAAAAUCUUUUAUCCAUAGAUCAGUGUUGAUUACACAUAGGGUUCACCCUGGAAAAAGAUUUUAUAAGUGUCGUGGCUGUGCAAAAUCUUUUUCUACUAUGUCUGCCCUUGGCUAUCAUCAGAGAUCUCACACUAGGGAAAGACCUUAUGAGUGCAGUGAAUGUGGGAAAUCUUUUACCACUGGUUCUUCCCUUCGUUGUCACCAGAGAGUUCACACUGCAGAAAGGCCCUAUGAGUGCAGUGAAUGUGGCAAGUCCUUUGUCCGAAGAAAUAUCCUAAAACUACACAUAAAGAUUCACUCAGGAGAAAGGCCUUACAAGU